GUAUAGCUCAAAUCAAAUACAGUUUUAGUGCAAUAUAAAUAUUUCAUUUGUGAUGGACACGUAUAAGAAAAAUGAACCCACAAGUCCCACAAGUACACUAACAAAGAGGCAUUUCGCUUCAAUACAUUCAAAAAUACAAAACAAAUAUGAAGAAAUGCAGAAGAGACUAGAAAAGUCUAAAUCUGUUGAUUCGCUGACUGGUCUGAAUGAGAGUUUCGUUUUUGUGCAAGCUCAUACGUUUGAAGAAAAUUCAGAAUAUGAAAGGGAUGGAAUAAAACAUGAAGAUAAAAAGCCACCUGAUACUUUUAAAGUUAUUGUGGAGGAAGUCUCAGUAAAUGCUUCUUCACAACAAGAUGUGAAUGGAACAUAUGAAGUGUCAUAUUCUGAAGCAUUUGAGGAAACAGAAAGAAAAAUCUGUAAUUUUUUCGACGGACACUAUGACAACAGCCUGACCGCAAGUCUUGAGUCUUUAAACACAUUGAAUGCCGAAAGCACGGAGUACGAAGAGUCGCUGCCGCCGCCCUCGCCGCCGGUGCACAAAAUAACAAUACGUGAUAGAAUCGGAUCUCGAAUAGCAGCUGUUAAGGAAAGACGAAGAGAGAAAACUAAGAAAAAAGAGGCUAAAGAAAAAAUGGAAAAGUUGAUUCUGAGUAACACAACAAAACAAGAGACAAAAAUCGUCAAAAAGACCAAAGUGGGUACGGUUACCAUUGCGCUCAUCGAGGCCACUGGCUUUGAAAGAGAUAUCACGGAGGAAAAGACACGUAUGCUGUUUUGCCGAUUUCGGUUAGGCUCAGAAAAGUAUAAAUCUAAACCAAUAAAAAGCCAAUCAUCAUCAGUCAAAUGGCAGGAAUUAUUCAACAUUAACUUGUUCGACGAAAAUAUGCUGGAAAUCUCAUUAUGGGACAAGGAGAUAUUUCUCGGAAGGAGCGACAUAGAUCUGUCAGAAACUGAGAGGGAAAAGACCCACAAAAUGCGUUUGGAUUUGAAAGAGGGCUCGAACGUCCAAUUAUUCAUUCUGCUCACUAUAAGCGGGGUGAUUCCGAAAAAUAUCGCUUUAGACAUGGAGGAGUACGAGAGGCAAAGGAAACGAAAAAUGCGUAAACGUGCCUGGUUUGGACUAAGAGAUGACUAUACCGACGUUGGUAGUUUAUCAGUGUUCGUAUACGGUGGAAAAGGAUUAGCCGCAACCGAUUCCUACUGCGUUUUACAACUGAACAAUGACAGACUUCAAACACCUACUGAAUUCAAGACCAACGAACCUAAUUGGAUGAAAAUAUUUACAUUCACAGUAACGGAUAUUACAUCAAUCCUAGAAGUCACCAUUUUUGAAGAAAAGAAGACUGAAAUAGUUGGAAUGAUAUCAGUUCCUCUAUUAAAAAUAAAUAAUGGAGAAAAAAAAUGGUACGCCCUUAAGGACAGCACGCAAAGAGAGAGAGCUAAAGGAACUAAUCCGAGAAUACUUUUGGAAAUGAAAGUGACAUGGAACCUUCCGAGGGCUGCUAUUCGAGUCAUCAAUCCGAAAGAAGAAGUAUAUCUGGAGCCAACGGAGAAGUUAGACAGGCACAUUUUUGCAAGAAAUCUAUCGCGAGCCAAAGCAGUAGGUGAAUGGAUAGUGGACGCUUCCAAAGUUGUAAAGACCUGUUUUGAAUGGGAAUCCAGGAUUUGGAACAUACUGGCGCUAGUAGUGUGGCUCAUCAUGUGUUCCAUCUUCAGGGUCUGGAUGCUACCGAUGCUGUUCCUCUUGCCGUUCAUUUGGUAUCGCCCUGAGAACUACUUCUUGUUCCGCUGGAGGAGGUAUUUUGAAGACGACAAUAGGUCAAUAACCUCAGAUGAUAAAAUUGAAAAGACAUCGGCGACAUCGAUAAUGCAAAAAAUAAACUCUUUGCAAGAAAUGGUACAGUCAGUACAGAACACCAUCGGCAAACUCGCUAGUUACGGCGAGAGCGUAAAGAAUUUGUACAAUUUUACUGUGCCAUUCCUGAGUUUUCUGUCCAUUACCAUCAUAAUGGUAAUAUCUUUGGUGAUGUUCCUCGUUCCUGUCAAUUACAUCUUCAUGCUGUGGGGUGUACACAAGUUUACAAGAAAAAUCCUCCGCCCGAACAGAAUACCUAAUAAUGAAAUACUAGACUUACUAUCUCGGGUGCCUGACGAUGAGACUUUGCUUGAUUGUGAAGAAUUACCGUUAGAAGAAAUAUCGGAAGAUGUGGUCAAUUGACGAAUGACAACUCUAGAUCUGUUUUUUUUAAUAUUUUAUUUUACCUGUAAAUAACUAGCUACUAAGACAGCAAUUUGAUAUGUGAGUAUUUCAAUUUAUUAGUUACAGUAAUCAUUUGUACGAGUACUUAAUCUAUUCAGUUAAAUUUAUGCAACAAAAAACUGA